AUCUUUUACUGGUUGAAUGCCGCCCAUAAAGGUGUCAGAGUCACGCAUUUCACUACCGCUUUUGACCGUUUUUGCACUGAGACUCAGUUGGACAUCACCAUGGGCCUCUACAAAGAGCUACCGGAAUCCCUCACCGAGGUCGACAUCAUCAUCGCCGGAGGUGGCACGGCCGGUUGCAUCAUCGCCGCAAGACUAACAGAUGCUGAUCCCAACCUUUCCAUCCUGGUGAUUGAGCGCGGCAGCAAUAAUGACCUGCCCACAAUCGCAUAUCCGCUGUUCUUCAUGCAGAAUAUUGUGCCAGGCAGCAAGGCAAGCAUUUUUUACCAAACAGAGCCGGAGGAGCAGCUGGAUGGUCGAAAGAUCAUUGUCCCUGCAGGUGGUGUUCUCGGGGGCGGGUCGUCGAUCAACCUGAUGAUGUACACUCGGGCUCAGAGGUCCGACUUCGACGGGUGGGGUGUGCCAGGUUGGUCUGCUGAUGAGAUGUUGCCGUAUCUAAAGAAGCUGGAGACUUAUCACGGAGUGGACCACAAUGGAACGCAUGGUCAUGAUGGUCCCAUUAAUGUUUCUACUGGCACUUUCACGUCCACCAGGUUCCAAAAUGAGUUCCUUUCUGUAGUGGAAGAAACGGGAUGGCCCACAAGUGAUGAUCUCCAGAACCUGGACUCCUCGAAUGGAAUUGGAGCCCAACCCGCCCUCCGCUAUGUAUCUCCCGACGGUGCACGUCAAGACACCGCGAACCGCUACCUCCACCCCCGCCUCCAAUCCGGCACCAAUCCCAACCUCCAUGUCCUCCUAGAAACAAGCGUCAUCCGUGUCCUCUUCGACGACAACAAGCGCGUCAGGGCUGUAGAGUUCACCCGCAACCCGCUUUACCACGACACUCAUUCACCCACCCAAACGGUCAAAGCCCGCAAAACGAUAGUCAUUUCCUCCGGCGCCCUGGGCACACCGCCCAUUCUCGAGCGAUCUGGCAUUGGCUCCCCCGAAGUUCUCUCCCGCGCCAAAGUCGAAGUAAUUGUCCCCCUACCCGGAGUUGGUGCUGAAUACGAAGACCACCAACUCUGCGUGUACCCUUACCACUCCUCUCUAUCCCCAUCGGAGACAGCCGAUUCUGUCGCCCUUGGUCGCGUAGAUCCAGCCACCCUGAUCCAAAAUAAUGACCUCACACUGGGGUGGAACACCAUGGACGUAACCUGCAAGCUCCGCCCUCUUGCCGACAAAGACAUCACCGACCUAGGACCGGCCUUUGAAGCCGCCUGGAACAACGACUUCGCCAACACCCCCGACAAGCCCCUCGGCAUGAUCGCCCCCGUAGCCGUUUUCCCCAACAACCCCGACCUCGUUUCCGCAUUCGGCCCGGAUAAACAGUACUUCUCCAUCAGCUGCUUCACCGUCCACCCUUACUCCCGCGGCCACAUCCACAUCACCAGCCCCGAACUGACCUCCCCACCAGACUUCAAAACCGGCUUCUUGACCGACAAAAACAAUCUCGACAUCAAAAUGCACAUCUGGUUGUACAAAACCCAACGUGAAAUCGCCCGACGAAUGCCCCUCUACCGCGGCGAAGUCACCCCCUGCCACCCCCCUUUCCCUCCCUCCUCCAAAGCCAGCGCAGUCCACCUCAACCAACCCCUCAACGGCAAGGUCAACAACAUCUCCUACACCCCCCAAGACGACGCCAUAAUCGAGCAGCAUAUCCGCCAAAACGUCAGCACAACCUGGCACUCCCUCGGCACAUGCAAAAUCGGGUCGGUAGUGGACGAAAACCUGAAUGUGUACGGCACCACAGGCCUCAAGAUCGCCGAUUUGAGCGUCCUGCCUGGGAAUGUGGCUGCGAAUACGAAUAACAUGGCUAUGGCGGUGGGGGAGAAGGCGGCGGGUGUUAUUAUUGAGGAGCUUGGUCUUGGUCUUUAGCUAGGCGCAUGAUAGGAGGGUUAGAUGUAGCGAAACAUGUUGUCCCUCACGCCUCUCUUCAUCGCGACUGGCUUCCCGUCUUCGUACUCGACGCCUGAUUCGCCUCCUUCGCCUGAGAGGCCUUCCAUUUUCAGGCGGAGCUCUUCGUCUAGUUCUUUGAGGGUUUUCUUCUUUUUUGAUGGGGUGGCAUCUUCUUGGGGGUUGGGCGGCGGUGUUUCUGUGGAUGGCUGUGAUGAGGGCUGCUGGUUGGUUUGGUGGUGUUGGCGUUGGAUGGAGCGUGUUUGCGUCGAAUGAUGGAGGAGAUAUAUUUCAAUGGUCGACGACUUCGAGACCCGUGGUAGGGAAGGGAUUCUUUUAGGUAUUCUAAGCAUUUUCGCAGUUUUUGCUCGGUGGGUGAAAUCGAUUUAGGUGCGAAAGGGAAGACCUGGCAUUGGAGGCUGAUGAGGUUAAUAACAGAGCUUUGGUGGAGUUUUGUGGAGCCACGGGUGGUGAUGUCACUGCCGAAGAUCAGCAGGGCCAGAGCUUGUACGUAGGUAGUGAACGACCCCCGACAGUGAGAAGCGACCACGCCCGGAGCAUUUGUGCCAAAGUUGCAAACGCUGGCUCUUCAUCUGAAGUUCCUGAACCUUCUGCGUUGGCAACACGCGGGGUCCAUGGGCCCCAGGCUCGUUAGCCAUGGGAGACAGUUCAACGCCAAACAUUAGCAAUUAAAACACAAGCAACGCUGGUCAACCUCCAACUCAAUGUUUCCAGCUCCUCCGCCCUUCGCCUUGCCCGCCUUAAAGACAUCCCCAAAUUGGCAUCAUCGCAGCCUCAUCCUUCUUCCAUUCCUCAUGGUUCGCUUAUGAGAGAUCUCAUCACGGCAAGUAUCCCACAGACACCCUUUCAAGCUACCGCAAUUCCUUUCGCAAUGCCAUCCUCGACCCUGAUUCCAUAGUCCUAGUCGUACAAGACAAUCUUGACCAAUCUGAAAGCAAACAAGUGUAUGAAGCGUUGGCUGGGGUAUAUCCUCCGUUUGAGGAGCAAAUUCCGCGAAACUCUCUCAACAAGGGGAAGGCCGUUGUAUCAGUUGCAAAGCUUCCCCUUACUGCCAGGCUCCCUGCGUCAUGGGCAGUUCCAACCCAACGGGACGGUCCACCAAACACUGACGAUCCGGUUUUAACGCGCGACAAAGACCCAGUGGGUGCUAAGAUAUUUGACGACACGCUUUCAUCCCGAAGAGCUCGCUGCGUUUAAAGGACGUGUGGUGAUUAAAUGAUCGCCACCCACCCAGCCAGCGUAUUGGCAGAGGACACGCAACCAGCAUCACCACCUGGGUUCUUGCUUUGGCGACGGAAGAUGGUACUGGAAUAGGAGUGGCAGGGACUCCCAUGGGCAGGCUGUUCUUUAAGAAUAUCGGUUUCAAGG